AUGACAGUCGCUGCUAUAGGGGAGUCGCAGCACAGACGUGCCUUGUUGGGGCAGCCAGGAGGAACUACGCUGACGUUUGACGCCCGAGGCAAUUGUUAUGCAAACGAUCGUCCUUUGGCCGGACGUUGUGUCCGUUUCUCGGAAUGCAAAAGCGCCGUCUACGCCUGGCAGCAGUUGGGUUUGUUACCAGUGUCCUGUCAAUGGACACCAUACGAUCAUUUUGUUUGCUGUCCCCAUGGAGGCUAUGAGCUGCCGAGGAGACUUGUACCGCCUAGUGAGCAAAUUUGUUCGGAGGCAUAUCGUCGGCAGCCCGGCCCUAGGACUUUGAGGCAGCCUCGCGGCAUUAACCAUGCCUCUGCGGCCAAAGUAUUCCCUGGAAAAGCAGGCAGAUUAGUGAAAUUUGUAGCCGGCGGCAAGCCCACGCGUUACGCAGAGUUUCCCUAUAUGUGCGCUCUCGGCUGGCGAUUGCUUCGACCGAUCACCAAUAACGAAUACGCCUUCAAAUGUGGUGGUGUGCUGAUCGCGCCCCAAUACGUGUUAACGGUCGCGCAUUGCACGAGGGUCGGCGGGGAAUCCCCUUCGGUGGCGUUAAUAGGCGGUGUUGAAUUGAACAAUUCGCGUGCCGGCGAACUAAUCAACAUACAACGUAUUACGCCGCAUCCAUAUUAUGACGGGGUAUCAUCCAACAACGACUUGGCAUUGGUAAGACUUGAAAGAAAUGCCUAUCAUUCGAUUGCUUGCUUGUGGAGACAUGGGGAAGUCCCCUUGCAGCCACUUACGGCCUUGGGCUAUGGACAGACGAAAUUUGCCGGACCGGCUUCCGACGCUCUUCUUCAGGUGCAGUUAUAUCCGCUAGAUAAUCGGCAGUGUGCGUUAUAUUUUAGAGCCUCUGAUGCUCUGAAUCAACAGCCAGGACCGGGCCAGCUAUGUGCUGGAGAUAAUUCAGGCCGCAUGGAUACCUGUCAGGGUGACUCGGGCGGACCCUUAAUACUACACCAGCAACAUGGACAAGUACGGAUACCCUACAUCAUUGGACUUACCUCAUUCGGCGGCAGCUGUGCCACAGGGGCACCAGGGAUCUACACUCGCCUAGCGCACUAUGUUAGCUGGAUUGAAAACCAGAUUUGGCGGUCAUAA